AUAAAGGACGCAAUCGACACCCUCAACACCCUCCAGACCCCCUUCGCUGUCAUUGAGGCCCGCCGGAAAGCAGGCAUUCGCCCCGAUGCGAACUCCGUCCAGGAAAUGAGAGGCUAUCUGGCCCGGAUAGGUUACUCGACAUCAUCUGAUCUCGAGAAGCUCAACAUCGUGCACGUUGCUGGCACCAAGGGGAAGGGAAGCACGUGUGCUUUUGUCGAUUCCAUCUUGUCAAAAUGGCACCAGACGAAAGGGAUUCCAAAAAAGGUUGGCUUAUUCACCAGCCCACAUUUGAUCGCAGUCCGCGAAAGGAUACGAAUCAAUUCUCGGCCGAUUUCAGAGGAGAUGUUUGCAAGGUAUUUCUUCGAGGUCUGGGACAGGCUAGAGGACAACAGCACAGUUGCGACUGAUCUCGUCGAGCCUGGCACGAAACCAAUCUACGCGCGGUACCUGACUCUCAUGAGCUACCAUGUCUACCUGUCGGAAGGCGUCGACGUUGCCAUUUAUGAGACGGGAAUAGGGGGCGAGUACGAUGCCACGAAUGUGGUGGAGCGGCCUGUGGCGAGCGGCAUCAGCACAUUGGGCAUUGACCAUGUCUAUGUGUUGGGCGACACAGUUGACAAGAUCGCGUGGCACAAGGCAGGAAUCUUGAAGAAAGGCAGCCCUGGUUUCACCAUCGAGCAGGUCGGUUCUGCUGCCGAGGUGCUCAAGAACAGAGCGGAGGAGAAGGGUGUCGAUCUGAAGGUCCUCGAGGUCGAUCAAAGGCUCCAAGGCGUGAGAGUUAGGCCCGAUGCGAAUUUCCAGAAGAAGAAUGCUACGCUCGCAAUUGCAUUGGCUGAGACGGCGCUGAAAAAGCUGGAUCCCGAUUUUAAGCCGGAUGCGGCGGCAUUGCCAAGUGAGUUUGUUGAUGGGAUAGAACAAGUCGUUUGGAGGGGACGGUGUGAGGUCAAAGAAGAGGACAAUAUUAUUUGGCACGUGGACGGUGCGCACACCGUGGAUAGCUUGAAGAUGGCGGCCAGGUGGUUCGUUGAGGAAACCAAGACUGAGGGCAAGGGACCAAAAGUUUUAAUAUUCAACCAACAAGGGCGGAGCGAGGCCGUCGACUUCCUGGACGGAUUAUGCAACACUGUGAAGAACGCCGGUUCGACAGGUCAAGGGUUCCAGCAUGUCAUCUUCUGCACGAAUGUCACAUAUGCCACGACGGGCUAUAAGAGGGACUUUGUGAAUCACCAGUACAACCCAGCUGACAUCGAGAAAAUGACCCAGCAACGUAUAUUUGCUGAGAAAUGGGCAUCACUCGACACAUCUGCCAAGAUUCUAGUGAUACCUAGCAUUGAGGAAGCCAUCAACACUGCGAGAGGGUUGGCAAAUUCUGAGGGAGAAGACGGCAGCAAGGUACAAGCACUCAUCACAGGCAGUUUACAUCUUGUUGGCGGAGCAUUGGGAAUUUUGGAGAAAGCUGAUGCUCUUUAA